AUGGGUUUGCGGGGUGUUCAGUUGGGUCUUCGUGCCUGGGAGUUUGUGUGGACUGUCAUUGUCAUGGCCCUCAUCGGUAACAUGCUCGCCUCGGCCUUUGCGGGCAACCCGGCCGCGGUCAACUACGCCAUGUACACGGUGGCGUUCUCGAUGUUUACACUCUUUUACCUGGUCCCGGCCUCUUGGAACCUGGACUGGGCCAUCCACCCGAUCUUCAUGAUCACACUGGAUGUGCUGAACUGCAUUUUCUUCUUCUGCGCCGCUAUUGCGCUGGCUUCGAAGCUGACCUGCCAUUCCUGCACCAACCAGCAAUACCUCGCCCACAAUGAGAUUACCAACGGCGCCUUUAACAUGACCAAGCGCUGCCGGGAGGCACAGGCGUCGACUGCCUUCCUGUGGUUCGGCUGGGCUGGUUACAUGGGCUCGGUGAUCAUUUCAAUCUUCACAGCCCGCGGCUCCACGGUGAGCACGCGUGGCCGCUCUGGCAGCCGUCGCCGCCCCAACAUGGCCCAGGUCUAA